CUUGACGCAUGUGCGGAGCAGGACCUCCGGAGAGAAAGCGGAGAGUGAGGCUUGGUCGCCCUGUUAUUUCCCUGAUCCGUUUUCUGUACCAUUUUUAUAUUUUUUUUUUGAGGAGGCGGGGGGCAGUUGUUUCAGGAGAAACUCUGCCGCUCGCUUCGUGUAGAGCGAUAUAACUUUGCGCUGAGAGACAUUAAAAAAAAAAAAAGAAAUGGAGAUAGAGAAGGAAGUGAAGAAGAUGACCCUGGGCCACGAGUUUGGCGCCGGAGCAGCCUGUUUGAAAUGCAAGGACAAGUGCGAAGGCUUUGAGCUGCAUUUCUGGAGAAAAAUCUGCCGAAACUGCAAAUGUGGCCUCACGGAGCACGAUGUGUCUAUGAACUCGGAGGAGAACAAGAAGGUAGGCAAGUUGUUGGAGGACACCAAAUACACCGGCCUCAUCGCCAAGCUGAAGACCGACGGCCUCCCCAGCUACCAGGGCAACAUGAUGACCAUCACUCUGCCCACGCCUGCCACCGCUUACAUUUUACCACCAAGUGCCUCUUCCACAAUCGUGCCCCCCUCUGCCGCAGCCGGUUCUGUACAGCCUGCCGGGGCCUCUGCAGCAGCCAGCAGUGCUCAGGCCCGGGCCCAGUCUCAGCCCGCACCAGCGAGUGUCCCACCAGUCGCCGUCAGCGCCACGCCGGCCAGUGUGAUGCCGGUUCCCCAAGAUGUGCCGAUGAAGUCUGUCACCUAUGAGUGGGCACCGCCAGUGGCCAAUAAGUAUCUGGUAGCUGGAGUUGGUGUUGCUGGUGCUGCAGCUGGAGCUGGCUCUGGGCCAGGAGCUGCAGGCCUUGGCGUUGGGCCCGCGGGUUGGGCUGGAGCUGGAGCUGGAGCUGGAGCUGGAGCUGGAGCUGGAGCUGGAGCUGGAGCUGGAGCUGGAGGUGCUGGACCACUUUCAGGGCCUGGGACUGGAGCAUCAGCUGGCUUUGGGCCACCCGGAGGAGCCAUGGGCACUGCUGCCACUGCUGGAGCCAUGGGCAUCCCUGGAGCUCAGCAAGCUGGACUACCACAGCAGAACUUUUCGUGUCAUCAGUGCCAGCAGCCCAUGCGUCUGGGCGAGCCAGCCGUCUAUGCUGAGCGGGCCGGCUACGAUAAGCUGUGGCACCCAGCAUGCUUUGUGUGUUGUACCUGCGAGGAACUGCUAGUGGACAUGAUCUACUUCUGGAAGAAGGGCAAGCUGUACUGCGGACGCCACUACGGAGACAGUGAGAAGCCACGCUGUGGAGGAUGUGAUGAGCUGAUCUUCAGUAACGAGUACACUCUGGCUGAGGGCCAGAACUGGCAUCUGAAGCACUUCUGCUGUUUCGACUGUGACUGCAUACUUGCCGGAGAGACGUAUGUCAUGGAGAAUGAAAAACCUGUCUGCAAGCCCUGCUACAUGAAGACCUACGCUGUGAAAUGCUCAGCCUGCCAGAAUGCGGUGGAGCCCGAGGCCCAGAGGGUUUCCUACGGUGAGCACCACUGGCACGCUGAGCCACAGUGCUUCAAGUGCUCCGGCUGUUCCAAGUGCCUGAUCGGCCAGCGCUUCAUGGUGGCGCAGGGCUUCCUCUUCUGCUCCAUGGAUUGCAAGAAGAAAACCAUGGCUUAGGGGGCCAGAACGGCAGCUCUCCAUCUUCUCCACAACCACUUGUGAAACCAGGUCAGGUUCAGCUGAAACUAGAACCAGACCAGGAAAAACAAACACUGGUGCAGCUGCGCAAGUUCAGAGAUGGAUUGUGGUUGCGUUAACAUCAAGUAGAGUGCCUGAUACCUCUAAUCUAGACAUGUACAAUAAUAAGGAUUCCAUUUGCAUUUAGGUGCUCUUUCCUCUUUGUCCAUGAAAAAACACAGUAUUGACAAAUCUGUCUCAACUAGGAUGACACCUAAACUUCUUCUGUCCAGUUUGUCCUCUGUCUCUGUCCUUGCUGCUUUUCUUGCACUAUAUUUUCAUACUGAUGAGAUUCAUUUUGUAUUGGUCAGAGGUGGCAACCCAGGUUUUUUUGUUAUUAUUUUUUUUUAUUUUAAAUGUUAAACCUGUGUCUGUUUAAUGGAACUAGCGCUGUUCUACUCCUAAACAACCUGUUGUCGAUUUAAUGUGCCACCUGUUCAACAAACUACUGAUACUCACUCUCCUCUAUGCAGCAGUGUGAUGAGCACUAUUAGCCAGGUUUGGGGUUGGUUUGCUUCCAGUGCACUGUAUUCCGGAUCAGAGUGAAAUCAAACAACAAUAAUAAUAAUCUCAAAACCUUAAAUUCUCAAUCCGGUCGUCAUGCAGCGUAUUUCAAGGGUUUUGACUGAAGAAAUUCAAUUCCUGAAUUUAAGUGAAAGAACUGGAAGUGAACAGCCCCAACUCUGACAGCAGUAUAUCCGGCUCAAAGCAGCAGCCGCCCGCCGUAGUUGUUGCCGUAGCUUUGUCCUGUCGGGUACAGUAGUAUCUUCAUUUUGUCUUAAGGGAACAAACCAAUGUGAAAACCUUCCAGUAUACAUCACCAAUUACAAGUUUUUUUUGAGGUACGCAUGUGCAAACCAUUGCAACAGAAACAACAGCACUGCAAUUACGCGGUGGUCUAUAGACAGGCGUGUGACAGGUGUUUCUAAUAUCGAUCCCUUUGUGUAUGUUAACGUGGGUAAACAAAGUGCACAGAGAUUUGGAUUAUUGCAACAUUGUCAGACUGCAUUAGCUUUUAUCUAAUUUAACUGGUAACACCGUGUCAUGAAGUUCAAUGCACAACAGCAACACCACAAACUGUAUCUUCAGCAGAUUCUAUAGGUGUGAUAGGUUUAACACCGACCUGGUGCAGUCUUCACAACUAUUCAGUUACUGUGUGCUCUUGCACUUAAUUGUACAGGUGUUUCUUUCGUUAUUUAUUCCACACAGUGGUCUCUAGUCUUGGAUCCACAUUUAUUAAAUAACUGAAUAAAAAUCACACGAAAAAUAGACAAUAUAUAUAUAUCAAGUAUAAAUCAAAGGAAAAAAGGUGGACAAACCGGUCGUGGACUGCCGAGAAUUCGUAAUCUCCCUCUGCAGUUACUUAGGAUUUGCCAGAGCAGUUAGGUUUUUAUCCAAGUCUACUUGUGUCACCCACUGGCCCCAUGAUAGAUACAAACACUGUAAAGUUGUCAUAUAGGAGGAAUGGCGGGUUUGCCAUGGCACCCAAAGGCUUGAUGAAUUGAGAAAAGACACUGUAAAUUUUGACACAUAAAACUUCCUUGUCACUUUUGUUAUUUUUGUGCCAUGUACUUUCCUUUUCAUGCAAUAAACUGCACUUUAAACUG